AUGACUUCGCCAUUUUUAUUUGUGAUCAGUUUCCUUCUCGGACAAAAUGGAUGUACUACACCGGUGCAACAUUCAAACCUGAAUAAUCCUGAUCAUGUUUUGUCUAUUACUAAGUUACCGUCAAUUCUAAACAAGAGUCGAGCGAUUGUUAAUCGAUUUCAAUGUCCUAUUGGAUGGCAACGAUUCGGUGGUUCAUGUCAUCAUUUGUCCAAUGUUUCAUCAACAGUCAGCAUAGCCAAUGAUAUAUGCAAUACAAAUAUUUUUAAUGGAUCUCAACUAAUGUAUAUUAAGCAUAUGGAUGAAUUUAACUAUGUCGCUCAUAUUCUGAUUAAAAAUAAUCUUUCGGAGUUGCUCAUUCAAAUUGAUUCGCGCCUCUCUAUAGAUAGGAAACUCGGCGCUGAGUUCGUCUUAUCGGAUCUAAGUGAAUGGAAGAAAGCAGAUGAUAAAUUUCAACAGGUUCGUGAUAUAUAUCACAAUCGAAAGAUGAAAAAAUCUAGGCGAUUUCGACUUGAAAACUACUCAAAGCAGGACAAUUCAGUUAGUCCAAUCGAUGAUACACAAACUGAAACACUAAUAACAAGUACUCAAUCAACAACAUCCACUUUUCCUACUGAUUCAGAAGGAUUCGAUGUUAUUCGUCAAGCCUGUGAUAAGCUAAUAUGGAAUGCUCUAGACUAUGAUUCGAAAAUAUUUACAUUAGUUGUCUAUAUGGUAUCAGGUGAAAAAUAUUGUGCAAUCAAUGAUAUCAAUCCAGAGAUAAGCUAUAAUUACAUAUGUCAAUACGUGCUCGAUUUUUGCUUCAACAAUAAGGAAUGCGGCAAAAACGGACGUUGUGUGAACAAUUUAGCUGGUUUUAGAUGUUCAUGUUAUUUUUGGUCGGAUGGUCAAUUUUGCAGAAAAGUUUCGUGGAAAUUUAUACAAAUGUUAGUUGGUCUUGGAAUGAUGAUUCUUUUCUUGGUUUUUACAAUAUCACCUCUGCAAAAGUGUCAGCAGCAACUGAUGCGUAGAAUUAUCAAAUAUUUUGACAAACAACCAACAAUGUCGGUUUCUACACAAAGGAGUACAAAUUCCACAGUGGAUGAUAUGAAUCAGGAAUCAAUAUCGGAAAGUGAAGAAAAAGAGAACAAUUACAUUCGUUGGGUGUGGAUGUCUGCAUUAAUGCUCGCUCUUUUCACAUGUUUAUGUCUUAUUCCAAUCAUCUCUCAUUGGAAAUCUGUUCAAUUUGAAAAGAUGGAUCCAUCAGAUGUCACAGAGACAAUUGAUCGCACGAUACAAUUAAUGACUCAAUGCGAACACAAGUCUAUUUGGCGAAUAGAUAGUCGCAUAUUUCUUGUCAUCUCAAUCAUGGUUUGUUUGCUCUUUUUCAUAUUAAUUUGGAUAAAUACAACUUGUGUAACUGCUGAUUCCAAUCAACUGGGAGGAUGUGUGUCACCGAUUGAACCAUUUACAACAGUCAAUCGUCAUGAAACUGCUGCACUUUUUGGUAUAGUGAUGAUAGAGGUGCUUAUGACACUUGAAUACUAUAUUAUUGAUUUGAGCGAACUAUGGAAUCGAGGUGUACUAGAGCAGCUUCGUGAGCGUGCUCUCAUUCCACUUCUGUAUAGCAUUCGUUACUACCCAAUAUUUAUCUCGUUACACCAACGAAACAUAUGGGUUCGCUUUUUUGCCUGUAUCUACACUUUGGGAAACAUUGGAUAUAUUGUUAUUCGUCGAAGUUCAUGUAUGGAUUUUUUGCCCUUUUCCAAAGGAUUAUCGACACUUGAGCAGGUGCAACGUCACGUGGAGCUGGGUGCUUGGACGGUUAUAUAUGGAUUGAUCAAAAACAUACCACAGUUUAUUUUACUUUCCUACAUCGGUGCAGAACUUACCAUUCGUUUCAUUUGUUCCAUCAUAUUACUGUGCAGAAAAAAACGAAGAAUCGCAACGGAAGCACCGACUACUCCAGACGAUGGAUUUCGUUUUCAUCAGUCUACGAGUUUGGCUGACCAUCCCCCAAACCAUAACGGUUUCUGUUCAUCAGUUCGAAAGUUUGUUGAUGAUUACAUUUAUUCCUGGGAGAAAGAUUUUCGAUUUUCCACGAUGGCUAUAUGUGCCUACAUCAUCUCUUUCAUCUCGCUGUAUUAUCUCACAUGUGUCUUCGCCUUUCAAUCUAUUGUAGGCACUAGUUCUAUAUCCAUUCUGAAGUUUUGUUUGCAACAGAUUUUGAGUAUAAGUGAACUUAAUCAUUCGAUCGAUCUGGAAAUCUUGUUGGAUGAAAUCGGUGACUGGUCAUUCGACAAAGAAAUUCUUUUAAGUGCUUUUCUUACAAUGAAUUUCUUUGCCUAUCAAAUAUUAAAUGGAAUGAAGACAUACAAGAUACAUACGAAAGAUUUGGAAAAAAAUAACUAUAAGGAUAUACCACAGGAAGAAAAUUCAGAAAUUCACUCAAGAGCCUCCGAAUCAGUGAAAUAUCUGUCUUCAAUUUUUCUGAAUAUCGUCGGUGGAUUUUUUAUUUGGUUCCAUUUGAUCUUAUUCGUGAUGAUGAUUCUCAGUCUGACGACUUUUCAUCCACUUAAACUACAAAUCGAUCUAAUUCACCCGAUACUUUCAUUAUUUUCAAUAAUUGCAUCAUUCGCGGUCUUAUUUGGAUUGAAAAAGUGUCUUACGAGUUGGCUCAGCAUUUUUACUUCAUUUGAACAAUCUGAAAAUCAUGAAAUCAAGUUUAGCAAGCCAUUCUAUACUAUCCUGGCAUACUUAACCUUCGUAUUCAGUUGUCAUAUUGCCGUGGUCUACUGUGUUUUUCGUCUGGUCUAUGGAAUUGCUCUCAAUUUACUGCUGAUGCCUCGAAUUGAUUACAGCUAUUUGGGACGAAAAUGGGAAAAACAUGAUCGUGGGUAUAUGACUUAUGUGUCGCAUCUACGUAUGGAAAAAGCUCAUAGAAAACCAGUGAAACCCGUAUCCAUAGUCAAUCCAGUUAACAAUGUGGUUGCAGCGCAAGAAGUACCGAUACCGGUUGCACAAAACACUCCGGUCCCACCGACACGCUCACGAACCAUAAGCGACUCAGAGAUUACUCACGAAAAAGAAGAAGAAGUUGUUGAUGACAAAUAUUAUGAUACAGCGUCGGAUGUACAGCCGGAGGAGAACGAUGAUACACAAUCAUCUAUCUCUGGAAAUUGGUUACGACGACAUAUUGAGGUGACAGAUCAAGAUAACGAACUGCUAUUAACGGGCACUGCGUCUCUGACGACCGAAAGUUCUAGAAUUUCAAAACUAUUAGAUUCAAGAGACAGACCUGAUCAAAUCUUCACACCAAAACCAGGUCAUCCUCAAUAUAUUUCUGCACGUAGUAAUCAGCGCCGAUCUGAGCAGCGCCCGUUUAUCGACUCAACAUCAGUAAACAGUUCCGAUGAAGAGGAUAACCCACCAGAUCUUCCCGCAAAAGCUUACAGAAUGAAACCAAUCGAGUCACACAUUUCUCACGACGAUUAG